AUGAACGUUGCGGCGGACUCAACCACUGGGACGCCACCUGUCUUUGACCACGAAAGCUUGGCCCUCGUAGCUCAGUCAAAUUUGCUACAGUUUUACUUAACACAUUUGGCAUCCACUUUGAUGCCAAUAAAACCGGAAACCCGUGAUUCAAUAACACCAAACUUCAGCUUGCCGGGAAGUCCUAAUUCAGACACCGACGACUCUGUAUCCGCUGCUCUGGUUUCAUCCACACAAGCACUUUUUUCUCUCCUCGGAACCAAUACAACUAACAGUAGUGCAGUGAGUAAGAAGGUUGUUUCAAAAACCGCCAGUAAACUCUGUUCGGUGUGCGCGGACAAAUCGACUGGGCUUCAUUACGGUGCAUCAACAUGCGAAGGGUGCAAAGGAUUCUUCAAACGAUCCGUGCAGAACAAGAAAAUCUACCACUGCAAUCAAAAUAACCUCUGCGAAAUCGAUAAGCAGAAUCGUAACAGGUGUCAAUCGUGUCGUUUCCGAAAGUGCAUCAGCAAGGGCAUGCUAACCGAAGCAGUAAGAGAAGAUCGCAUGCCCGGCGGACGAAACGGGAAUAGCAUCUACAGUAAUUACAAGCAGAGGAGGAGCAUCAUCAGGCGGACAAAGGAUUAUAUUGCGGAGCAAGAGCAGGAGCAGCGGGAACGAGAGCGAGAAAGGGAGCUGGAAAGGGAGCUGGAGCCAGAGAGGCGGCCAUUUCAGAGCCUUCCAAGCGGGAAAAAGUUGAUUAAGGAACUGGUUGAGAUGGAUUGCUUGGAUCGUCUCAUCAACCUCAGAGGACUGCGCAUCAACCCUUCCACCAACUGUGAUAUCGCUCCAGCUUGCAAAAGAUUGACUAGAAUUGGGGAUGAAAUCGUUGAACAACUUGUGGAGUGGACCAAAACCCUUCCAUUCUUCGACGAGUUACCAGUUGAGGCUCACACGCACCUUCUCACCCAACGUUGGGCUGAACUCGUCUUGCUCUCCGCUGGAUACUACGCCUGCUCCGUUUUCUCCCCAGAUUCUCCAGAUACCACACAAAUGAUUGAUGAAUCUGAUGAGAUUUCGUUCACCAACCCUGAAGUCAACCUUCGCCUCCUUCAAAACCGUCUCGCCUUGGUUCUCGGAAAAGAGAUCCCGUUCGAGCACGUGUCAAAGGAAGCCGGUGCGCUUGUCGUCCGUUUCACCACUCUCCUCCACUCCUUCUCGAAACUCAAGGUCUCUCCAGAAGCGUACGUCUGUCUCAAAGCUAUCACUCUUCUUCACCUCUCCGCCGAUUCUACCCUUGAUAAAAGUAUCAUCGACAAGGUCAAAACGCUUCAGGAUCAUUUUGUGAAGACCUUGCAAAUACACUUGCAUCAGCCAGGGGAGAAUUCGGAGACAACUAGCCUUGCUCAAAUUCUCGAGUGGCUCCCAGAGUUGCAAAACGCCUCCUCCGUGCUCCUUCACUCAAAAAUGUUCUACGUACCAUUCCUUCUAUGCAAGAAUCCUCGACGACUAGUGUUUGACGAGUAG